AUGGCCUCGAGCACGAAGAGGAGAAAGCUGUCGGAUGACAACUACGAGACCGUCCCUUCGAGUGCUGAAAAGCCAGUCGUCCAGGAUGGUGCGCCUCCCAAAGAACAGCGAAACUCGCUCUUCGUCCGCUCCCUCCCUGCCUCCGUCACGACAGAACGGCUCGCCGAACACUUCUCACAGUCUUUCCCUCUGAAACAUGCCAUUGUGGUAGUCGAUCCCGAGACAAAGAUAUCCAAGGGGUUCGGUUUCGUGACCUUUGCGGAUGCCGAAGACGCUCAGGCCGCAAUCGAACAGUUCAACAACACCACCCUAGAUGGCAGAAAGAUCAAGGUGGAAGCUGCGCUGUCCAGACACAGAGAAACAGAGGAAGGCUUGAAGACCAGUCAGAAUCGAACUGCGGCAGAAUUGCGGGCGCAGCGGGAGAAGGAAAAAACCCAGGAGCAGCCACCAAGAUUGAUUGUGAGGAAUUUGCCGUGGAGCAUCAAGACCGGGGACGAUCUAGCGGUGCUGUUCCGCAGUUAUGGCAAGGUCAAGCAUGCAGUAGUCCCACAAAAGGGUCCUCGAGUACAAUACGGGUUCGGCAUCGUAGUGUUGCGAGGCAAGAAGAACGCAGAGCGUGCAAUUGCCGGCGUCAAUGGUAAAGAGGUCGAUGGACGGACACUUGCGGUCGAUUGGGCAGUCGACAAGGAGACCUGGGAAAAACAACAGAAACAUCAGCAUGACAACUCAAAAUCACCAUCUCAGACGGUAGAUGCGGAUGCUGCUGCGGAAGCUGCUUCCGACAUCGCCGAGGAUUCCUAUAUCAAUGAGCAUAUUGACGACGACGAUGACGACGACGACGCUGUUCCUGAAGAUGACUCAGAUGACGAGGUCGUGGAUGACAUUGAUCGUGUUGAUCUGGAAGAAGACGACUCAGAGGUCGACGCGAGUGAGGAUGAGGAACAGCACGACCGAAGGAAUGAUAGCACGGUUUUCAUCCGGAAUUUGCCUUUUACUGCAGACGAUGACAGUCUCAAGGAACACUUCUCCUCGUUUGGACCUGUCAGGUAUGCGCGUGUUGUGUACGACCAGGAGACAGAACGAUCCAGAGGCACCGCCUUUGUUUGCUUCUACAAGGUGGACGACGCAAAGGCUUGCGUGAAGGAUGCUCCAAAGCCUCCUUCUGUGACAGCAGCCAAUGACAAUGAGAAGAAGCGCAAGGGAGAAGCCAUGAAGCACUCGAUCCUGCAGAAUGAAGCGACGGAUCCAUCUGGUCGCUACACGCUCGAGGGUCGGGUUCUACAGGUAUCAAGGGCACUUAGCAGAGGUGAUGCGGAUCGAAGAGCAGCCGAGGCAAGCGAGAAAAGAGAUAUCCGUGACCGAGACAAACGCCGACUCUAUCUCUUGUCAGAAGGGUCGAUCCCACGAGGGUCCAAGCUGUACGAGCUGCUCGGAAAGACGGAAAUCGACAUCAGAGAAAGCAGCGCCCGUCAGCGACAGAGCAUCAUCAAGAACAACCCGAACCUAUGCUUGAGCCUGACUCGUUUGAGUGUCAGGAAUCUCCCGAGACACGUCGACAGCAAACAACUCAAAGCCCUGGCUCGAGAAGCGGUCGUCGGGUUUGCUAAGGAUGUCAAAGCUGGUCUGCGCCAACCUCUGAGCAAAGAGGAAAUCCGCCGAGAAGGUCAAGAAAUGAAAGAGGCAGAACGGCAGCGGAGGUUCGCCGGCAAGGGAAUCGUCAAACAGGCCAAGGUGGUCUUCGAAGACCAGAAAGGGAGUAAAGUCCAAGACGGGGCUGGACGGAGUCGAGGAUAUGGGUUCAUCGAGUAUGCAAGUCACCGUAACGCCUUGGCCGGGUUGCGCUGGCUCAAUGGUCACAUGGUGAAAUCGGCCGAUGGGGAACGAGGAAAGAGACUGAUUGUGGAGUUUGCGAUUGAAAACGCACAGGUCAUUCAACGGCGAAAUGAGAAGGAGCGCAGAUUCAAGGAGAAUAGAGGGAAGAAAGCACACUCGGAGAAUGCAGGUGAUGACAAGAAGCAGCGCGACGGGCCAGCGAAAGCGGGCAAAGGAAGUAAGAAGAGGAAGCAUCGCGAGGGCGAAGCAGAGGGAGGAGGAGAAAGUGAAAAGAAGGAGAAGAAGAACAUUGGCGAUGCGGUCAAGGAGGAUGAAAAGAACAGUAUUGCGAAGCGGAAUCGUAUUAUAGCAAAGAAACGACAAGCGAGGAAGAACAGAAAAGGUUGA